CAUCUCCCCGUCCCUCUUCUCCGCUGCAGGAAUCCUCAACCCGUACUCUCUACCUUCAUACGGGCUUCAAUUGCAACUAGACGAACGCCAAAGACACGAGUCGCAUUCCGACACGCUGCCAACAUGUCUACCGAAUCCACACAGUCGCAGGCUUGCUGCAACACACCCGCCGUGGUCAGCAAGGGCUAUCAGCAAAAAGGAGAAUAUAUUGAGGUGCAGGGCAUGAAGACUUACGCCACUGGACCAAAAGACGCAAAACGAGGAAUACUAAUCAUUUACGACAUCUUCGGAUUCUUCCCCCAGACAAUCCAAGGCGCCGACAUCCUCGCUCACACCGACAAGGACCACCCAUACCAGGUCUUCAUCCCCGACUUCUUCGACGGCAAGCCGGCCGACAUCUCCUGGUACCCACCGGACAACGAUGAGAAGGGCGCCAAGCUUGGCGAGUUCUUCAAGACUGCCGCUGCACCACCAAAGACCCUGGAGCGCAUCCCCAAGGUCAUCGACGAGCUGAAGAAGAGCAAGAGUGUCGAGGAUUGGGGAAUUGUUGGCUUCUGCUGGGGCGGCAAGAUCGUGAACCUGAGCAGUUUCGAGGGUACGCUGUUCAAGGUCGCGGCCGCGGCGCAUCCCGCCAUGGUCGCGGGCGACGAUGCGAAGGGCAUCGUGAUUCCCUACGCCAUGUUGCCCAGCAUGGAUGAGGACAAGAGCGAGGUGGAGAAGUGGCAGAAAAACAUCAAGACGCCAAACAUUGUGGAAUGGUUCCCGGACCAGGUUCAUGGCUGGAUGGCGGCACGAGGUGACCUGGAGCAGGACAAGGUCAAGAAGGAAUAUGAGCGGGGCUACAAGCUGGUCUUGGACUUCUUCCACAAGCACAUGUGAGUGGCGAAGUGGCAAUGUGGCCAUGAUCUGGCGCUUAGGCGUGUAGGACAUCCUCGAGUACGAAGCUGUAGAUUACACAUGGCCAAUACUCCCUGCAAAGAGCCAAUAAUACAUGAAUAAUGCAUCCACC